AUGGCCGAAUCCGCACCCGACAUCAACUCCGUCCUCACCAAUUCGCUGUCUCCCGACGCGAACCUCCGCCAUGCCGCCGAACAGCAGCUCACUCAGGCUGCUGAGACCAACUUUUCCCUAUACCUCGCUACCCUGGUUCAGGAGCUAGCAAACGAGAACGCACAAGGCCACAUUCGAGCAGCCGCAGGUCUUGCCCUAAAGAACGCAUUCACAACCAGAGAGUUUGCCCGACAAGCAGCCAUACAGCAAAAAUGGCUCCAAGAUACAGAUCAAGAGACCAAGACACGCGUCAAGAGCCUGGCGUUGCAGACCCUCUCCUCAAAUAAUGCACAGGCCGGCCAGGCUUCGGCCCAGGUCGUGGCAUCCAUUGCCGCGAUCGAGCUGCCUCGCAACCAGUGGCAGGAUUUGAUGGCGUCUCUGGUCCGCAACGUCAGCGACGGCUCACCGCACCAGAAGCAGGCUUCCCUGACCGCUAUUGGCUUCAUCUGCGAAAGCCAAGACCCAGACCUCCGAACAGCCCUAAUCGCACACUCAAAUGCCAUCCUGACUGCCGUCGUACAAGGAGCUCGAAAGGAGGAGACAAAUGGCGAGGUCCGCCUCGCUGCCAUCACAGCCUUGGGCGACUCGCUGGAGUUUGUUGGAAACAACUUCAAGCACGAGGGAGAGCGCAACUACAUCAUGCAGGUUGUCUGCGAGGCCACACAAGCCGAUGAUACCAGGAUACAGCAGGGCGCCUUCGGUUGCUUGAACCGAAUCAUGGCCCUAUACUACGACAACAUGCGUUUCUACAUGGAGAAGGCUCUAUUCGGCCUCACCAUUCUUGGCAUGAAAAACUCGGACGAGGAUGUUGCCAAGCUGGCUGUCGAGUUCUGGAGCACUGUUUGCGAGGAGGAGAUUGCAAUCGAGGAUGACAAUGCUCAGGUGGAGAGCUCAGAUCAGAUGAGACCAUUCUAUAACUUCAGCCGUGUAGCGACAAACGAAGUCGUACCAGUGCUUCUAACUCUACUCACCAAGCAGGAUGAGGAUGCUGCUGACGACGAAUACAACAUCUCCCGCGCUGCAUACCAAUGUCUACAGCUAUACUCACAGGCUGUGGGCGCCACUAUCAUCCCACCUGUCAUUCAGUUCGUCGAGGCAAACCUACGGUCGGAUGAUUGGCACAACCGUGAUGCUGCUGUUUCGGCUUUCGGCGCCAUCAUGGAGGGUCCGGAUGAGAAGGUCCUGGAGCCCAUCGUCAAGUCUGCCCUCCAGAUCCUGAUUGGCAUGAUGGAGGAUCCGUCGCUCCACGUCAAGGACUCCACUGCCUAUGCCCUGGGUCGCAUCACCGAGGCAUGCUCAGAGGCUAUUGACCCCAGCCAGCACCUUGACCCCUUGAUUCGGUCACUAUUCGCCGGGCUGCUGAAUAACCCUAAGAUGGCCGCUUCGUGCUGCUGGGCGCUCAUGAACCUCGCCGAGCGGUUUGCCGGUGAGCCUGGCGCUCACGCAAACCCUCUUACGCCUCAUUUCAACCAGAGCGUGACCAACUUGCUCAACGUCACUGCCCAGGCAAACGCUGACACGUCGGUACGCACUGCUGCAUAUGAGGUUCUUAAUGUGUUCGUCCAGAAUGCGGCUAGCGAGUCACUGCAGCCCAUUGCGUCCCUUUCCGAUGUCAUCAUCAAGCGAUUGGAGGAGACCAUUCCCCUGCAAAGCCAGGUUGUCAGUGUCGAGGACAAGAUCACAUUGGAGGAUAUGCAGACCAGCUUGUGCACCGUUCUACAAGCAAUUGUCCAGCGUCUGGAUAAGGAGAUUCUGCCUCAGGGCGACCGCAUAAUGCAAGUCCUGCUUCAAAUCCUUAGCACUUCUGGUGGCAAGUCCAGUGUUCCCGAGGCUGUCUUCGCCGUGAUUAGCGGUCUCGCCAACGCCAUCGAGGACGACUUUGCCAAGUACAUGGACGCCUUCACUCCCUUCCUAUACAAUGCUCUGGGCAACCAGGAGGAGCCAAGCUUGUGCUCGAUGGCUAUUGGCCUCGUCAGCGACAUCACGCGAUCUAUGGGAGAGCGCAGUCAGCCGUAUUGCGACAACUUCAUGAACUACCUCCUCAACAAUCUUCGGAGCACUACGUUGUCCAACCAGUUCAAGCCGGCUAUUCUGCAAUGUUUCGGCGAUAUUGCAGGCGCUAUUACCGGACACUUUGAGACAUACCUCUCUGUGGUGGCACAGGUUCUUCAGCAAGCGGCCACUGUCACUGCUAGCCCAGAGGGUAGCUAUGAGAUGUUCGACUAUGUUGUCUCCCUCCGAGAAGGCAUCAUGGACGCUUGGGGUGGCAUCAUUGGAGCUAUGAAGUCCAGUGGAAAGACCCAAGUUCUGCAGCCCUAUGUGCAAUCCAUUUUCCAGUUGCUAAACGUCAUUGCCAAUGAUAUCAACCGUAGCGAGGCGUUGAUGCGGGCAGCCAUGGGUGUUAUUGGCGACCUCGCUGAUGCCUACCCUAAUGGAGAGCUCGUUGAGGCUUUCCGUCAGGACUGGUUGACUAUCCUCAUCAAGGAGACACGGACCAACCGCGACUUCACAUCACGAACCAUUGAGACUGCUCGGUGGGCUCGUGAGCAAGUCAAGCGUCAAAUUGGCGGUUCCACCAACGUCAUGACAAGCUGA